AUGGAUGUCAUUAUCAUUGUUUGGAUGGCUCAGCUGAUGGAGGACUUCCUGUUGCUGGAGUACUUCAAGCGUGAAGUACUGAGGUUCUUCUAUGAAGGUGUGCUUUUGAGCCCUCACCCAUUCAAGACCAGCUUCUACGCCCUUGACAAUGUCUGUAACAUGUGGUGCACUGCGGCGCUGAUUGGACACACCUGCACCUCAUCUGCUCACCAGCAUAAAAGCUCUGUUUCCUCACUGCUUCAUUGCCAGAUACUCAGUGUUCCUACCUGCUCUGCAGAAAGCAGGAGGAACCCAUCCAUGGAUACAGUGGCAGCUGAGAAUGAAAAGCAGAUGUCCUGCAGGAAGACUCUUGAUGGAGACUUGGACACGGAUAAAUGUACGUCCAUCACUGCUUCUCAAACCGUCCCCACUGGGUCAGUGGUGUCAAGUGAAAUGACCUCUGCCCCAGUGAAAGUCACACCUGCCAGUCAGGACCACCAGCCCAUCUCGUGUGCAGCCACAGUCUCAGGUCCUCAAACAUCUUCAUCUUCCCUCAUGGUGAUACAUAAGGUUGUCCCCUCAAUAGGACUAGUGAGCACCAGUGGACCACCAGAGGGAACCAAACCACUGAGCGAGAGGACUUCUCUGAACCCAACCGCAGGAAGGACUCUGGUGAUAACUGUACCCGCAGCAGCACCUGCACAGCUUGUAGCUGCAGUCCCUCGACAACCGCAAGCUGCUUCUACAAAGCUCUCAACAAACAUAAGCAUUCCACCAGGUAUGAUGUUGAUCCGCAGUGACAGUGGUCAGUUGAUGCUCGUGUCCCAGCAGGCUUUGGCUCAGGCUCAGCAAGUUCCAAGAUCCACCAGCAACCAAACGUCCAGAGUCCUUGCACCACAGGUGAUUGGUGCGGCUUCAAAACCGGCUGCAGUUCAGACUCUGGUGAAGCAGCCAGGGCCCACAGGAACAAAGACCGAGCCAAGAGCCACCUUUAGUCAGGAGAUGAUGGACAAUGUCAAGAAGUGCAAGAACUUUCUGGUGACUCUGAUCAAGCUGGCAUCCACCAACUCCAAGUCUGCCAACCUGGGAGAUAAUGUUCGAGGGCUGGUUCUAAAUAUGCAGGAAGGAAAAGUCGAAGCUGAGGCGUUUACAGAACAUCUCUACCGUGAACUGAAGUCGACUCCUCAGCCGUGCUUGGUGCCGUUCCUGAAGAAAAGCCUUCCUGCUGUGCGUCACUUGACUACAGAUGCACAAUUAUUUAUUCAACAAGCUUCAGCUCCCAGACAAAGUAGCAGCAUGAAUUCCUGUGAGACCACCGUCUGCACCCGCCAGAAUGAAGGAACCUUUCUAAAACAUGGGCUGAUGACAUUGGCUCAGUCCCAGUUUUUGGUAUCUAAAAGCAGCACGCCCACACCCAACCACCACACAGGGUCAUUUGGUAUGAAGCAACCUGUUGUUUUUGAUCAGCCCUCAUUAAUAAAAUAUCCAUUCAAAGACGGUUCAGGAUCUUACAAAGACAAUGAUGACAUUAAUGAUGUAGCUUCAAUGGCUGGAGUCAACCUCAGAGAGGAGAAUGCCCGGAUCUUCACCACUCUGGUCGGCUCUGUCGUGCACUCGUGUCACGAUCAGCCUUUCCUGUCUACCAACCUGUUGCUCAGCCGAAUCCUGUGCACAGGUGAAGUAGUGGGAGUGAAUGAUGUUGGUCCAGAGGUGGUUGCGCUAGUUUCUCAUGCUGCACAGGAGUUUCUCCGAGGACUUCUUGAGAGGCUGUUGGUUUUGGCAGAACACCGAAAGCACAUGCUAAAGGAGGACCUACAGCACAACAAAGUGAGUGACGUGCGCUCGCAGCUUCGCUUCCUGGAGGAGGUGGAGAGUUUGAAGAAAAGGAAGAUUGAUGAAGAAGAGAGAGAGAAGCUGUUGUGUUUGGCCAGAAGUCGCUCAAACACUGAGGAUCCAGAGCAUCAGCUGCUCAAGCAGAGAGCCAAAGAGUUACAGCAAACAGAAGAAGCUCAGCUGCAGCAAAGACAGGCCAACAUCGCUGCUUUGGCUGCUAUCGGGCCUCGCAAGAAGAGAGCCCCGGAAGAGAGCCAGGCAUGUGUGCUGCCCAGACCAGGUGUCCACAGAGUGACCCGGGUCAUGUUGACAGAUCUGCUGUUCUGUAUGGAGCACGACCAUUUUCUGCACCACUCUCUCACUCUCUACAAAGCAAUGGUCGGUUAA